CCAUGAGAAGGCCAUUGAAGUUGUGCCACCCUCCACCUAACACAUUUCACCCUAAACAUUUAAGCCCAGUCCAACUCUCCCUCAAGCGUGACUAGUCAAUAAGGUGUAACAUGGAGGAUUGUUCAGAGUCAUCACACUGGGUGUCUUCAUCACUGCUGGGCUCGGAUCCUCUGGCGGCCUUCUCCUCUGAGUCCGGUCUGCUGCCUCCAGGAGAAAACGGCGACACCUUCUUCUCCUGUCAGGACACAGAUUACACCAGCCUGUCCUCCUUCUUGUCCAGUUCCAGUCAGAGUCGAGCACAGUCCACCUAUAGACACAGCUCGGUCCGCCAGGUGUUUUCCUCACCGAGCCUCUUCAGUAACUUCCAGUUACUGGACGGGUCGACCGGUCACUCCUUGGGCUUACCCUACGACUCCACAGCCAGCACCUGGAGCAGCAGUCCUCUGACUAAAACCACACUUCCGACUUCUUUGUACACGGGUGUCAACCCCACCAGGGAUGGAUACUCGUCUCCAAGCAGGGAGAACAGGGAGAGCCCCCAGCCUCAGGAGGGUCUCAAGGCAGAGCGUUUGAGCCCGCUGGAAGGGUCGACGUCCUGCGGCAGUUUUCUCAACCUGACCCCCGCCGCCGGGAGUGUGUACACGCCGUCUCCCCACUCCCAUCCGCACAUGUUGAGCCCUUACAGCUCGUACAUGACGGCCUCGCAGGAGUACGGCGUGGCCAGCUACUACAGCAACCCCGGGGCCUGGAUGAGCCCACAGUACUCCCCGAAACUUUGCAACAAGAUGAGAAUAUCAACGCCGGAGGCCCGAGAGUGCGUAAACUGCGGAGCCACAGCGACCCCCCUCUGGCGCCGUGACGGAACAGGCCACUAUCUCUGUAACGCCUGUGGACUGUACCAUAAGAUGAACGGCCAGAACCGACCUCUGAUCCGACCCAAGAAGAGGCUGAUCGUGAGCAAGCGGGCUGGCACGCAAUGCGCCAACUGUCACACGAGCACGACAACGCUGUGGAGACGCAACGCCAGCGGCGAGCCAGUGUGUAACGCUUGCGGACUGUACUUUAAACUACACAACAUCAACCGGCCUCUCACUAUGAAGAAAGAUGGCAUCCAAACACGCAAUAGGAAAGUGUCCAAUAAGAACAAGAAGAGUAAGAAGGCAGCGAUGUUGGAGACGUUCGGAGAGAUCCCCCAGCCGUCCUCCAUGGAGGACAACGGCGGGCCCUUUGGCCUCAACCCCGCCGCUCUUCUGUCCUACAGCCACGCCCCGCACCUCAUGCCGACCCCGUCGCACCUGCACGCCGCCGCUCCUUUACCGUACACGCACCACCGCAACAUGGGCAUGGUGCCAACUUUAGUAUAAACGAGACCCAGUUAUUAUGUAAAUACUCAAGCAAACUUGAUUUAACUGUCUUUUUCUAUUAUUCACGGCGUGAAGUUAUUCGUAUUUGUGGUCAAGGCCUGUUUGUUCAGUGUGUCAGCACAUGUAAAUAACAAGCAAAUGAAUAAAAUGUGUGAAUUGAAA